AUGAGGCUGCAUGCAAUCAUAUUUACAGUGUUGGCCGCCGCGGUCGCCGCCAACUACUACAACGGCGCCUUUUGCGAGAGCAGCCUCGACUGUCUCAAGAUCUGCCAGCAAGGCGACUUCAAAGUCGUGCAAGACUCGGACGGCCGGCCCCAGCUCGCGUGCGCCGCGGGCAUAAUCGAGUACAGCCGCAAGACGUGCCUGUCGCGCCACGGCAGCGGCGACGAGAGCGUCAGGCUGCUCACCGCCCGCCUGCGCGCAGGCUCGCGGCCGCCUCUGCAUAAAUUACUGCGUGGUGCCGACGCGGGACCCCGGCCGCUUUGA